CAACAAUCGUAGUGUUUCUUGAUAUCAGGGCUGCCUUCGAUUCGUUGGACAGAACUGUUCUCUGGGAUUGUCUAUUGAAGAAGGGUGUGCCUGAGAAGUUUAUUAACAUCCUAAAAGCCCUAUACACAAAUACCUCAGGCAGAGUGAGGGCAUACAACCACCUUUCUCCACUAUUCCAUUCGAGCAGAGGGGUUAGGCAGGGUUGCCCAAUCUCACUAUUCCUCUUCAACCCUGCCAUCGAUGACAUUCUGGAAACAGCUCUGACGGAUGUAAGUAAUGGUGGUGUGGAUCUGUUGCCUGGAGAAAGACUUCUCGACUUUGAGUAUGCGGAUGAUAUUGUCUUACUGUGCGAGAAUGUUCAAGCUAUGCAAUCCGCACUUAAUCAGUUGGCAAUCAAUGUCCGUAGGUAUGGUAUGUACUUUGCACCUUCGAAGUGCAAAGUUCUUCUACAAGACUGGCAAGAUUCUAAUCCUGUACUCACUCUGGAUGGUGAGCAGAUUGAAGUAGUCGAGAAGUUCGUGUAUCUAGGUAGCUGCAUAAGUGCUGGUGGUGGUGUGAGUGAUGAGAUCAAUGCACGUAUAGUGGAAGCCAGAGCGGCUUAUGCCAAUCUGGGUCAUCUUUGGCGCCUUCGUGAUGUUAGUCUGGCUGUAAAAGGUCGGAUCUACAACGCGACGGUGAGAGCAGUUUUUAUCUAUGCUUGUGAAACCUGGCCUCUCCGAGUUGAGGAUGUUAGACGACUCUCUGUGUUCGAUCACCGCUGUCUCCGAAGGAUUGCUGACACCGAGUGGCAACACCAUGUUAGUAAUGCAGAGGUUCGGCAUCGAGUGUUCGGUCACAGAGACGAUAAUUCCAUUGGUGUCACCAUCUUGAAACACCGACUUCGGUGGCUUGGACAUGUUCUACGAAUGUCGUCCCAGAGAAUUCCUCAUCGUGCAUUAUUUGCCGACUCUGAGACUGGUUGGAAAAAGCGGAGAGGUGGUCAGUAUAUGACAUGGUGUCGUGGUAUAAAAGAAAGCUGCAAAGGGCUGGCUUAUGUUGGUCCUUCACGACUCCCUGGUUGGGGUCCGAAAGACGGUGUAACGCAGUGGCUAGAGACGUUAUUAGAUAUGGCUCAGAAUAGAAGCCAGUGGCGAUCGUGCUGUAACCUCUUACUUUCUUCAUAGAAAGCGGUUAUAUCUUCCUUAAUUGAAAGAUCUCUUCUGAUUGUACCUUUCCGUUUCCCCCACCAUUGUUCUCUCUCUCUCCCCUUUUUUUUAUAAUUCCCCACGUUCAUUACUUUUUUUUUCUUUUCUCCUUCUCUUCAAAUUAUCAUUGUUUUGUGUGGCGCAUAUAUAUUUGGUGCCUCCUUGUACCAAUAUUUAUGUGUUGAAAUAAAUAAAAUAAAUAACAUUAGAAUUUACGGAAAUUAUAUUUAUAUAUUCUUUAUUGAGAAAGGUUUUGGAUUUGCAAUGAUUACGUUUUGAUUAAUUAAUAGAAUACUGUUCGAUAGUUAAUGCACAGUGAACUAAUGUGGUCGACUGGUAGAUGUUCACGAGACCACAUUAUUGAUAAAAAACCUGAUAUCAAAAGACAACAUAACUGCUAACAUAAUACAUCCUUUUACAAUAAAGAAGCCAUUGCAUAAGAAAUCUUAGCAACAAAACCAUCAUGAUUAGACAUCAUUUAAUACAUAAAUGACUGUAAAAAAUGAGCGUUAUUUGUCACCCACAUGAAUUAGUCCUGACUUACUCAAUACUAAACAUUCAUUAUGUA